AUGAAUUAUUCUUACGACAGCAUUGAGCGAGACUUAAAAAAAGAUUUAUUUCGCCAUUUCCUGCGAGCUAAAUACACUAAUUCUACCGAGGUUUCUCGGAAUCUAAUAACUCAAUUUGCUAGCGACUUAGAUACAAGUAAACUUAGUGUUGCGGCCAAAAGACGUUAUGAAGAAGAUAAUAGAGUAAUCUAUGAAAAAAUUAACAAUCUAGAGUAUAUUAAAGCGGUUUCGGGGGAAAAAUAUGAAGAAAGAAAAAUUAGCAAAAAAUUAGAUUCUACUUUUCAAAAAAAUAAAAAAUCACUGUGGUACAUUGUCUUGUUUAAAGCGUUUCCUAAUUAUGUGAUAGUUCCAAACAUACCAACUUUUUUUAUAUCUUUAGCACUAACUUUUACAAGCAAAGGGGAAGAUGAUCCAGUUUUUCUUAUAGCAAACUUCUCUCGCUAUUAUUUCACUAUUUCUAAAUUAAAUAGUGAAGUGAAUAAGUUAAUUGAUAGUUUGCUGACCCUUGAGGAAAUUUCCAGUAAUCUAACCAUAGUUAAUGAAAGUGUCAAAAUUUUAAAUCUUAUUAGUUCUAAUAUUUCCGCAAUUCCAAUUAGAAAAGUACCUUUUGAAAAUGGUGAUCUUGUUUUCCAAGAUGUAGUUUUUGCUUAUCCUAAGAGGCCGCAGCAAAAUAUUUUAAGAAAUUUUUCUUUUAGGUUUGUGCAAGGGAAAUUUUAUGGAAUUGCUGGAAAAAACGGAAUUGGUAAAAGUACCAUCACUAAAGCUACUCUUAAACUUUAUGAGUUAAAAGGAGGAAAAAUACUCAUUAAUGAUCGUAACAUCCAAGAAAUAGAUACUACUAACCUCCAUCAAAGAAUUUGUUAUCAGACUAAUCGCCCUACCUUUUUCCUAAUGAUUCAAGCUGCUAAGCAAGUUGGAAUUUACGAGUUCAUUGCUAAUCUUCCUAAAGGAUUUGCUACUGAAUUAAGAGAAGGGGGAACAGAUCUUUCAGAAGGACAGAAACAACAAAUUGCCGCUAUGCGAAUGUUUAUUAAUGAUUAUGAUAUUUACAUCCUUGACGAGAUACUAAGCAAUGUUCACCCUCAUUUAAAAGACGUGGUUUUACAAAAUAUUUUUAAACAACUUCAAGGUAAAACAGUAUUGGUGAUUGAUCAUCACUACGAGAUAUUCCGCUACGUCGACUAUAUCUAUCUAUUCACCGGCGAAGAAUUAAUUGCCAAGGAUAAAGAAGAAUUUGUGAGUUAA